UAUUAUGGCCAUGGUACCCUAUAUAACCCUAUAUUUUAACCGCAAUAUAACAGUUUGCAACACUUCACGACAUGUUUUUCUUCCAAUGUUUUUUAAAUAUUGAAUCUGUUUUCAUAAUUCUCGUCUCCGAAGUAUAACAUUCAGGAAUAAACAAAGUUUCAAGAGGAAUUUAUGUGCCCAGCAAGCCAGCAUUCCGAAUUACGCCCCUGUUGUCAAUUUGCUUCACGACAAUAUUUGAGUAUAUCAAGAUAUUUAUUGCUAAUCUGGAUUCAUUUUCACUGUGUGUGUUAACGAUGUUCCAAAUAUUGAAUGAUAUCUUUGCUCUGCUAUUGAAUGGGAAGGGAUUUUCAAGUUAAAGAUCAGUUUAAUGGAUCCAAUAAAAAGCAAAGCUAAUUAUUCCCGGGUUUGUCAACUGUUGGUAGAUAAAGGAGGAGAUGCUUUGAGACUUGCUCUACAUUCGGUGCAUCCACCUUCCACCUUGUCCUCCGCAUUGAAUGCAAACAGAGCCACCCUACAGAGAAUACGAUACAAUAUAAUUAAAGCCCCGCAAUGGGAUCUACUCUUUCCAAUAUCUGGUGCACCAGAUUCAAACAACUUCGAUAUCACCUUACUGACUGUUUUACUUCGAAAUAUUUGUGGAUUGUCUCCACCAGCGACUGGGUGGAAUGUUAUGCCUCCAGGUAGCGAUACAUCUAUAUCAGCAAACAUUUUGAGAGUCAAAAUGUUCAGGAAUGAAGUGUAUGGUCAUAUUCCAACUGCAAGUUUAGACGACACAACGUUUGAAAAAUUGUGGCGAGAAAUUUCGGUACCGUUGGUCAACUUGGGAAUUCCUCAAAAGGAUAUUGAUGAGUUGAAAGUGGCUCCUCUCAGCUCUGAAGAAGAAAGUUAUACUGAAAGAUUAAAAGAAUGGAAACAACAAGACGAUGACUUGAAAUCAGAAUUAAUUGAUGUUAAAAGUGAAGUAGUCAAGCUAAGAAAAACAGUAGAUGAGAAUGUUCAUCACUCAAGUGUCGAAUCGAAACUACGAGACGAUGAUUUAAAAUCAGAAUUAAUUGAUGUUAGAAAUGAAGUAGUCAAAAUAAGAAAAAAAGUGGAUGAGAAUGUUCAUCACUCAACUGUUGGAUGGAAACUACAAAACGAUGAUUUAAAAUCAGAUUUAAGUGAUGUUAAAUGUGAAGUAGUCAAGCUAAGAAAAACUGUAGAUGAGAAUGUUCAUCACUCAAAUGUCGAGAAACUCGCUAAAUUUGACUUUACUGGAAAGAUUGACGACCUUUGUAAGAAAUUUCAUGAAGGAACUAGAAAAUGGUUGUUUGAUAAACUCUCAAGUUGGUUUGUGAGUAAAGAAACCAAGGUUAUGAUCCUAACUGCAGGUCCAGGCGCUGGAAAAAGUGUUUUGUCUGGAAAGAUCUCUGAGCUGUAUAGAGAACGUGGCCAACUGGCAGCUCACCAUUUCUGCGACUUUAGAAAUUCUGAUUACAGCAAUCCUCACAGAAUCCUCCAGUCCCUUGCCAGCCAAAUGUGUGAUAAUGUUGUUGGAUUCCGUGAUAAACUAACCGAAAUCCUUCGUCGUGAACAUUCUCGGGACUUGCUGUCAGACGCAUUUCGUGUUCUUUUAAACGAUCCACUACACUCUCUUCGAAGAAAUGAUCCAAUGUUGAUCAUUGUUGAUGCCUUGGACGAGAGCAAAACUGAUAUGAAGAGUGAAUUUUUGGAGUUGAUAUCCGAGAAAUUUUGUGAACUGCCUGAUUGGAUUAAGAUAUUCAUUUCCUGCAGACCGGAGCUACAAGUACGGAAGGUUCUUCAACAUUUACAGCCGUUAGAAAUCCGUCCUGAUGAUGAAGAUCACAAUCAAGAUAUUGCGCUUUUUAUUCGUCGUAAUUUACCUAAUCUUGAUUAUGAUAGUUUAAGGUUAGUUAUUCGUAAGUGUGAGGGAUCGUUUUUGUACGCUUAUCACUUAGUUCAUGAAUUAAGAAAAAAGGGCUUGGGAAUUGAACCCGACUUAAGUUAUUGCAUCCCCAAUGGUAUUGCCGGAUAUUACGAAAAACAGUUCAAACGUUUGAAAAGCCGCCUCCAACGUUUAAAGCAAGAUACCUUUUCAUCUAUCUUAAAAAGUUUUAUCAGUGUUAUUGCCGCUGCGUUCCUGCCUCUCCCGCUGAAAAUUCUUUUUACUUGCAUGAGUCUGCCCUGGAAAGAAUUUGAAAUACGCACGGCGAUUAUUGACAUUAUGUCAGAAAUUCUUCCAGUUUAUGAUGGUUGCCUGACUCUUUAUCAUAAGUCAUUAUGGGAUUGGAUGACGUUGAAUGGGUAUGAGGAACAUGCGUUUGUUGCAGAUGUUAAAGAUGGAAAUAGACGUCUUUGGCAUGCUUGUGAGAAGGAAUUCUGUGAGAUAGAAUGUUUUAAGUCCGUUUUAGAAUUUCAAACUUCACCCAAGAAUAAGUACGCUUUAAAAAAUGGUAGAGGAUAUUUGGUGAAUACAGGUAAGGUGGAGGAAUUUCACUGGUUGGUGCAUGUUGGCGUAAACUAUUUAAGACUAAAAUUUUGUAAUUGCACCACCGAUAUUGAUUUGAACCAAAUCCUUGACACGUAUGGUAGUGAUCUUUCCAAAGAUAUUUAUUAUGGCAUCAUUCAACUGCAUUGUUCCUUGGAAAGAAUAAAAGAGGUAUAUUUUAUGCCAGAAGGCCCUCCAGCGUAUUGUGACAAUUAUUUGAAACAUCUUGCAAACGGAUACUUUGAUUUUUCAGAAAAUAAAGUCUGUCCUAAAAAUGUUGCCAGAAAUAUCUUGCAUACAAUAAAUGAGAUUUGGAUAGAACGUGUGACAAACGAAGAGAAUCAUAAUUUAAAUCAUGUCUUCUGUGCCUUGUCAGUUGAUUCAAAUACCAGUUCUCUCUCACCGGACAAUACGAUGUGUGCCCUCUUUAAUAUAGAGACACGGACAUUACAAUUGCUUAAAAUACCAAGCCUCGCGACUCUUUUCAAAAUACAAGUACACAUACACGGUUAUUUUGUCUACUUCAUUGCCUUUUCUCCUGAUUCCUCCUAUUUGUUAUUAAAUUCAAUUCAGUCAUGCGUCCUUGUUAAAGAACAAAAGGAAGUACCCUUCAUAGCACACGGCCCCAAAGACAUUUGGAAUUGUUCUUUUUCUUCGUGUGGAAUGAAACUUGCUACAUUAGGGCGGAGAUUGAUCCAAGUGUGGGAUGUAAUGAGGAAAACCCUAUUAGCAGAAGUUCAUAAUGUGGAUUGUGGACCUGUGUCUUGUUGUUUGUUUAGUUUGUGCAGCUCCUACAUUCUUCUUUUGAAUCGGUAUUACGGCUCAUCAAUGUGUAGGAAUGUCUUGCACUCUAAGAAUUUAGAAGAAGUGCCGUAUAUUAAAAAGAAUUCUGUUGCGCCGUAUUUGUCAAGUAAAGUUUCCAUUCAGAUACAUUCACCGGAUGAUGUAUUGGAUCAUGACGAACCAUCCGGUAGGAUUAGCUUUGAUCAUGUUUGCUUGCCAUCUGGUGAGAUAGUCCUUCUUUCUAAUCAAAAAUGUUCAAAAACCUUUUCAUGGAAGGGAAAAAAGUGUGUAGCAUUUCGCGAUUACUCCUCCGAAGGUGCUGUAGCUCUGAUAAUAUACGAUUUUCUAAACCAAAAAAUCGUUGACGUCUUUCAGAUUGAUUGUUUGCCUGCUGUAUAUGAUUUCCAUCACAUUUCAAAAUUAGAAGAGACAAAAUUCUUUUUACAUAAUUAUGAUCCAAGCCUAGUAUGUAUUAUAUCUCUGGAAUCUCCUGAUGCUUCUUUUGUCGUCAACGGCGAAAUAGAUUGCUGUGCAUUAUCUCCAGACACCUUGUAUGUAGCGUGCUGUUUUGAAAAUUGCAUUCUUUCAAUAAGAAGUAUCGACAGUGGGGAAACAUUGCAAACUGUUGCACUGAAACAACGAGCAGUGGCGUGUUAGUGGUCUGAGUCGUAUCUUUGGUUGGUCUGUGAAGGCGUGCUUGUUAAAUAUGCUUAUGAACCUUUCAAGUCAAAUAUCUUAGGAAAUCAAACUGAAGAAUCUUUUUUAGAUUUUAGUCGUGUUGUUAAGUUUGCAAAAGAUGUUCUUGUAAUUAGCACUGACGGGAGAAUUUCUAUUUUGAAAAUUUGUGGAGAAAAUCUUUGUCAUCAAGAAAUACCUUCUUGGAUUCUUGGAGAGGCGCCUGGUGAAGAGUCCACUUCUGUCGCAAUAAGUUGUGAUGGGUGUGCUGUUAUGUUACAUUGCAGUUGCAGGAAAAUUUAUGAAUUGUGGGAAAUAGAAUGUGGCAAUAGAUGGUUUGUACGUUCAACGGGAGAGUUGAAUGAAUCAGUUAAAUGGUUCUGUUUAACUGGUACUAAUAUGACUCGUAGUUUAGUAUUAGUGUCAUCCCAAAUGAAUGCAUUAACUGACCUUGGGAAAUUUUGUUUAUUUUCUAUGAACUUUCUAAGAAAUGGUAUGAGAAAUGUGCUUACUCUUCCUUUUAAAUCUUUUCCGAAUGCUUUUUACAUGGAUUCCGAAAUGGUAGGUGUUUUUACUGAUGACAUGAUGCAUUUCGUUAAGCUGUCCGAAGGCAAAAUCAUAGCUUCCGUACGGCUACCUUUUCAUUCUCCCAAUGUAUUUUUUCGUUUUUUCCUGCGAUCGACUUGUUCUUUUCUAUCCGUCGGGAGAAGUGGUAACAAACAUUAUAAAAUUCAUAAUUUUGAAAAGUAUUUAUCGCUUCCUUAGCGUAAUGAUCCUGGAAAAUGCGACUUUCUGUCUUAGAUGAGGAAAUAUCACGAAUCAUUAAUUAAUACUAAAAAAAUUAUUUCUUGAUAGAAAAUGUUCAGGUAGAUAGGUAUUGGCAAUUAAACUUACGGAAAAUAUCCAAGAACUUAAUUUGAAUAAACGUCCUAAUAUCAAGGAAAAACCAUCAUAAGAUGUGCCAAAUGUUUGAACUGUGCCGAUUUUGCUAAAUAAAAUAAAAAAUAGCUUUUUGACUAAAUCUUGUAUCGUCUUUAUAGCAUAAAAGUCGAUUGAUUCAAAUAUUUGCUACGAAGUUUCUUAUGGUAAGCGUGCAAAUAUACAGCUAAUUCAAGAAACGGUUUCCAUACACAUACAUGUGACGUCGCCAGGUCGUUAGUUCGGUUGGGGGAUACCCCUGUAUUUAUGUUCUACAUAUAGUCCUAACACAAAUCGAUUGUUCUAGCGGUCAGUGAACAUACAUGGAUAUAUAAAUGUGCUCCUUAAUAAUUCUGGUACGUCACUGGUCAUAUAAAAGUCAAAACGCAAAUCAACUAAAACAAUUUCUUUCCGAUUGUUUGAUGCAAAAUUAUAUGUGUGCACGCGUAAAUAAGUCUGCGUAUGCACAACACACCUGGACCAUGAAUCUUUGCGUACCUAUAACGAAAUAUUUUGAUGUUUAAGGUUUUAACUUGCUUGGCACUUCUUUUUCUUCUUGAGUUGGCUGUUUACUGCGAUCUCUUGCAUAUAUAACUUGGUUUACUCUGAGCAAUGUCGUAAAAAUUGAAAUGAUCGUUACCUGAGCAAAUACUUUUCUUAGCAUUCGAUAAUUAGGGCAAAAUAUUAAUCAAUUAAAAACCUAAAUUUUAGGUCAUCUGAUGUCAUUACUAUAGUUAAUCUCACGCGUAAGGCCCAAUUACACUAUACGGGGUCGCUAUUGAAUACAGUCACAUUUUUUAAGCUGUUAAAAGGCUGUGAAUAUUUAUAUCUGAGCCAAAAAAAUCCACCAAAUCUAUCAAACCAAUGAGCUUUUACUACAAACCAUUUCUUGUUAACGGCAAACGAAAGUGUCGUGACCAGCUAAUCCUGUGUCGUGUAAUGUGGACCUUAGUCACAGAUGAAAUUAAUGUUUCAUGUCUAAGAUUAUUUCAAGAUAAUUGGAAAUUAAUUUGAUUUAGCCAAUAUUAAGCUACAUUUGAAUGUUGGCGUAACUGAUUACAUGCUAAUUGAACGAAAGCCAAAGGUGGACCAGAAAUAACCUACCAAAAACCGUGGUUAACCUAGGUCAAACCUAGGUCUGAUCGUGGUUGAACUGAGGUCAGACCGAGGUCGAAUCGCUGUGAGACGGAGGUUAAACCUCGGCCUCAUGCUCGGUAUGACAGACAUUUCUUAAAUUUUUUUCGAUUUGGUUAUUGUGUUGUCGUUCUCAUUGUUAAUAACAUUUCGUUCGGAAGCGAACGGCCUGUGCGAACGUAUUUUUUCCCUUGCGGUCGUCUGCGGUUUCUAUCGGUCGACCACAACCGAACUGCAAAGGAACCGUAACCUAACCGAACUGCAACCGCAGUAUGAGGUUAUGUUAGGUUAUUUCUGGACAGUACUGUAAGUUCUCCUUUGGAUCGGAACGGACAGGAACCUCAGGAAAGGAAACUUCCCUGUUUUGUCCGAUCCAAAGGAGAAUUUUCCUGAGUGGAAACUAGCCUUAACUGAGCGUGAGGUCUAUACAAUAUCAAACCAAGGUCUUGGUGUAUUGACCGAGCGAUAACGACACCGGUAUAUAGACCAAACAGUCGAAGUUAGUAAGUUUUUUAUUAUGUGGCAUAUUUCAUGCAUAUAUUGUAAUUUAAUUAUUUUUCGAGGCGGCCUGACGACAUUAGCGAACAAAAGGGAAAAAACACUCUAUUUUGUAAAAUAUAAUCAAAACUUCAUAUUUAAUAUUUAUGAAGAACGAUCUGAACAAAUCAUAAAACUUCAUGCUUUAACUGGCUUAAAAGUUCCGUAUUUAAUGUGAUAAGUCGGAUGUAAAGUUUGAAAUGGUUUUAAAAAAUUUUGUUCGAUCAACUGUAUAUUCAUUGCAUUUCAGGCAAA